GGCCGCAUGCCUUUCCUCCCACGAUUCUUUUGCGCGGCCCGCUGGGAGCCUUCCUUGCUCCUCCUGCUUGGCCCGAGCUGCCCAGCUCCUCCUGAUCUCCGGGAGACCCCAUGGCUCCGGCUCCACCUCCGGUGCCCCGGACAUCCCUGUCCAUCAUAGCUGCACAGGAGCGGGAACUGAGGUCCAUGAUAAAGGAUGACAUCUCGAUAUUCGACAAGGCCAUCAACCAGCUUCGACUCGAGCUUCGGGGAAACAUCGAGUCGUUGAUACUUCGUGAGUUCGAGCUAGCGCUCUCCAAGGACCUGGAGGCCACACUGUGGAAAGUCAUCCACUACAGGGUUAUCGAUGAGUUUCGGAAAAAGCAUCGGCAUCUUUCGAGCCAGAAGAAACCGUCGGCCUCAGCUGCACGGGACGGCCGAGAGCUGCGCCAGCUCACGGCUCAGUUCCGAAGUUUUCUGACCGAGUCCGAGGGCUUCUAUCUGGACUUGAUCGUCAAACUCGCCGCUCGCUUCCGACUGCAGCCUGUCACCGAUAAAGUCAUUGUGCCCUUCCGAAUGGACUUUGAGCGCCUUGACCAAGAUCCCUGUGCAGACGAUGAGUUGACACCCGAGCUUCAGCACAAGGUUUUACUGGCCUGUCAUCGAUCUCUCAUCUUUCUCGGUGAUCUGGCGCGGUAUCGAGAGAUUCAUGCCGAAAAGAAAAGGAAGAACUGGACGUCCGCUCGCAGAUUCUAUGCCAUUGCACUGUCGCUCGCUCCUGGAAACGGAAAUCCCUUCAAUCAGCUCGCCGUCAUCGAUACCUAUGACGGCAAUGCCGUGAGCGCAGUCGAGUCUUAUUUCCGGAGCCUUGCCAUCGAGCUUCCGUUUCCUACUGCUCGGGGUAACUUGGCCCUCUUUUUUGAGAAAGAAAAGAAAAAGUGGGAAGUCGAGUUGGAGCACCUCAACGGCGAGAAGAAGACCAAGGUCCAUGGCAGAAGCAUCCUCAAGAGCCAGGUCGCCGAGCUCGUCAGCUCGUCAGAUGUGCUGAAGAGCUCCUCCGGAGCGAUCUUUUCAUUUCUUGUUCAGUUUUUCAGCCUACACAGCAGUAUCUUUGGGAACGACGAAAACCUCUCGCUGUUUUCGAGCACCAUAAUCCAGGUCGAAAAUGGCUUUCCAGAAUUCCUGAGGCUCAUUCGCGCAUCUCCUGCUCCCGGCGAUCUGAUCUUCAAGCUCUUUACGAUCAAUAUGAGCUCGCUCUUCCUGCAUCAGCAGAAGAUCCAUCAGUUGAGCGGACCAAAGGCAGGCAGCAGCAAGCUCUCGCUGAGCAAUCGGCAGCCUCCCGCAGCAGGUGAAAGCUCGUUUGUUGCCACCAAGAACUUUUCCAAGGGCAAGCACAUGGCAAUCGAGCAAAAGGUGGUUCAGUUGAUCUACAAAAUGCUUCAGUCAGUCAUUGAAUUCAUCAUGACAGAUCCUGACGGCAGCGAUGAUGACAUCGGCAGCCAGUGGAACGAAUCUCGGUUCAAGAUGGGCUAUAUGACUCUGUAUCUUGGCCUGAAGUGGGUGUACGCGCGGCAGCAACAGCAUUCCGUAGCCAACGACUCCAGUGGCUCGCAAGCCAACCUGGUCGCGAAUCCGACGUCCCUUUCGCCGAUCUGUGACUUCAAGAACACGUACGGAUUGGCCACCGGCGCCUCGAGCCGGUCGGACUGGACAACAAACAACUUUUGGAAUGCUCUCGAGCAGCUCUUUGGCCGUCUCCGGUCCGUGGCUCAAGAACGUGGCCGCGACUGCGGGUUUUCAGAGCGCUGUAGCGACAGCGAUGCGAAUGAGACGGCGCCUGUAUCUUCGCGCGAUGACUCAGGCCCGCAGGGCUCGUCUGCGUCAGUCUCAUCCCAAGCCCCAGCAGUGAAGGCCGUGGGUCCGCCGCGGUCGCCAGAAGGUCUCGAAAUCUCUGGAUUUGCGCCCCUUAUGCUUGUCACCCCCUUUGCCGGCACAGAUGCCCAGCAGCACAAGACUGGAGGGAGCCAUGUACCGACGGCGUUCUCACUCAGUGCUCUUGGAGCACCUGGCCGCGAGCGACACUAUGAUGUGUCCGUUUACGACGAGUUUGAUAUUCGCAUCUUCUGGAUGGUCGACGAUAUCGAGGCAGUGCUGCUUGCAAAGCCCAGAGUCGAUUUCCUUUCUCGUAGUCAUCACGAUCCCAUGGGCCUCGCCAGACCAGCCUACCAAGGUGCUCGAUCUCCGACAUUUGACGCACAGAACGAAGCCCACGGGACACACUCUUCUCAGGACAAUCCGCCUCUGCGGAUAGCAACAUCCAGCAGGCCAAAGUCUGGCCUCAGUAGCCCCACUCCUGAUGCGGGCAGCGUUCACCUCACCGAUGACACCCUCGAUCGGACGUUCAAGUCGAGACGGACAUCCAACGGAAGUCCGCUGGCAAGCGUCGCCAAGGCAGGAUUUGCCCGUGCACGGGCAACCUCUCCCAUCAUCCAUCAUCACCAGCAAAACAUUUGGGGUGCACCGAUCUCGACUGGAUUUCCAAAUGGGGAGCCCACCGACCUGCUCAAGUUUGAUCACAAGCACAUGAGGACCAAGAGCUCAAUCUCGUCUCUCAAGACACUUGAUCAUCUGGCGGAGCCUGAGAAUGCCUGCUCCUCGAGGCAGUCUCCACUGUCGCCAAAUUCAAUGCAUUCUCUGCCACUGGAGUGCCCCAGCGACCUAACCAAGGCUGUCGACGUCGGCGGUGGCGAGUUUGACUUGAGCGCCGAGAAACUGGGCUCCUCGUUCGGAGCUGGCGCGGAUGCGGUCGGCACGCUGUCGUUUCUGGGGCUGCUCAAUGACAUGGAAGCCCGUAAUGCGAUCAGGUAUAGUUUACGAUUUCUCCAUAUAUCAUACAUAAGAAUGUGUCCGCUGUGCGACAUCAAUUAUCGGGAUCUCAUGCACACAACCGCGCGCUCACCAUCUCGGCGUUUUCGUUCCUGGAUCAGCAGCAAACCUCAGAACCUUGGAAUACUCGCAGAUCUUGCAAUCGACUCCGGAGAGUUUAAUCGGCCGUUCCGGAAUGCCUCCACCGGCUUUGGGGGAAUGCUGAUUCCGACGCAAGCCAUCGUUACCAACACUGCGAUCCUUUCGGGCGCCGCCCAGAGCCCAUCUCCCUGGACCUAUCCCUUCAGCUCUAACCCAUCGGAGACGCCUUCGUCAGCGGAUGUUUUUGGGACAAACAGCAACGCUUUUGACAAGAUGUCUCCUCGCGGCAUGCACUGGAUGGAUCUCUUGAGCCGCCCCGGCGAAGGCAGCCAGCUUUUCGGAGCGUCAUCUCAGUCCUGAAUGCCGCGGGAUGAAUUCUGAUGCGGGAGAUGGCUGCACAUCCGAGCCGAGGAUCGAUGGAGCCCGCAGACUCGUCGAAAGCAAGUUCGCUCCGUAUGGCACCAAGAACGUCGAGCCCACAGCGCCCCGCCAGUCGGCGCCAAGGAGUCAAGCGACAUUGGACAACACAAGCGGUGCCAGACGAGCGCCACAAACAGAGGAUCUUGAUGUCCGCUGUGCCUCCUUCCCAGUCAGACGCCCGCAUCGAUACUCCUUCCGAGCUUCGGAGUGGUGCUCACUGACGGGAAAGAGCUCGUUGCUUUACUUUGGCUGCUCCCGCCGCCGCUGUCAGUUGCGGAUGGCAAACACUUUUUGGACAACCUUGUCUCGAAUACAUGAUAUCGAUUCUCACGA